CCACGUAUUCUGAGACUCUUCUUCGAGAUGGCAGAAGGGAGAGCACUGUAAGCACCCUCUACAUUUCAGCCUCCAACAUUGAAACCGGGCAGAAGAUCAUCUGCCGGGCGUCCAACAAGGCCGUGCCCAAUGGGAAAGAGACCAGUGUCACGAUUGACAUUCAACACUUGCCGUUGGUGAAUCUCUCGGUGGAACCUCAACCGGUCCUGGAGGGAAACCUGGUGAAGUUUCAUUGCUCAGCCAAAGCUAAUCCACCAGUCACUCAAUACAAGUGGGCCAAAGGAGGAAGCAUGAUAAAGGAAGUGUCUGGAGACACAUAUGAGGUCAUAGUGGAUCACUCGUUCUUCACAGAGCCAGUUUCCUGUGAGGUCACCAACCCUCUUGGGAGCACCAACAUCAGUCGGAACGUGGAUGUCUACUUUGGACCUCGGAUGGCUGCAGAGCCCCAGUCUUUACAGGUUGACCUAGGAUCUGAUGCUGUGUUUAACUGUGCCUGGACCGGAAACCCCUCUUUAACUAUUGUAUGGAUGAAAAGGGGCUCUGGGGUGGUGCUAAGCAAUGAAAACAUCUUGACAUUGAAAUCUGUCAGGCAAGAGGAUGCUGGGAAGUAUGUGUGCCGUGCGGUGGUGCCUCGUGUUGGAGCGGCCGAGAAGGAAGUCUCUCUCACCGUAAAUGGACCUCCGACUAUCUCCAGCACACAGACCCAUCAGGCUCCACACGGGGAGAAGGGACAGAUCAAAUGUUUCAUCCGCAGCACACCACCCCCAGACCGCAUUGCCUGGUCCUGGAAGGAGACUGUCUUGGAGUCAGGGACAUCAGGUCGCUACACGGUGGAGACAGUAAGCACAGAGGACGGAGUGCUGUCCACCCUCACCAUGAGUAACAUCGUACCUGCUGACUUCCAGACCAUCUACAACUGCACCGCCUGGAACAGCUUUGGCUCCGAUACAGAGAUCAUUCGCCUCAAGGAACAAGAUUCCCUCCCUGUUGCCGUGAUCAUCGGCGUGGCAGUUGGCGCUUUCGUUGCUUUCAUCGUCCUCAUGGGAACCAUCAGCGCGUUCUGCUGUACGCGCUCUCAGAGAAAAGACGCUCACCUGGUUAUGCCUACACUGCCCACCUCCAUCUGUGCUCAGCAGAGAGAACUUGCAAGCAAAAUUAAGACAGAAAACCUCAAAGGCGUGGUAUCAGCCAAGAACGACAUUCGAGUGGAAAUCGUACACAAAGAUCACAACGCAGCCCGAGAAAAUGAGGAUCACUCCGCCAUGAAACAGCUUAUGAUCGAACGGGGAGAGUUUCAGCAGGAGUCCGUUCUGAAGCAACUUGAGGUACUUCAGGAAGAGGAGAAGGAGUAUCAGCACAUCAAGGACCCCACUAAUGGAUACUACAGCGUGAACACCUUUAAGGAGCAUCAUGGCACCCCGACCACGCUGGCCGGAAACCAGACCACAGAGCUUCGCCGAGACCCUGCCACAGCCACCACUGGCAAGCAGCGGGUUCCCACUGGAAUGUCUUUCACCAACAUCUACUCUACCUUGGGUGCUGGACCCAACCGCCUGUACGACUACAGCCAGCGGUUCGUGCUGGGCAUGGGCAGUAGUUCCAUCGAGCUUUGCGAGCGAGAAUUCCAGCGAGGAUCGUUGAGCGAUUCCAGCUCUUUCCUGGACACACAGUGCGACAGCAGUGUCAGCAGUUACAGCAAGCAGGACGGCUAUGUGCAGUUCGACAAGGACAGCAAGGCCUCUGCCUCAGCCUCUUCCUCAUCCCAUUACUCUCAGUCAUCUUCCCAGAACUCAGACCUCACGCGGCCACUGCAGAAACGCAUGCAGACCCACGUCUGACUGCAGGAGAUGGACAGAAGACAGAGGAAUCCAGCGCUGGGAUUGGCCACAGGGGAUUGAAUCCCCCCCAGAAGAGAAUCAGGAACCAGUUCAAGCACAUCUAGCACGCCAGUUUCAUUUUAUCCUCCACUUCUUUUGCUUUUAACGUUUCUUUGAUAUAUGUGGAUUUCUUCAUUUGUCCAGAUCUUAUUUAAAGCUCUGAAAAGCCUUACCGGUUUCAGAACCUUGUCUUGGCCCUUCCAAAUGCCCCAAUUAUCUGGACAAAAAACCUCCUCUAAACAACAGUGUGCCACAGUGAUGUUACUUGCCAACGUAGAAAGAACCUCUGAACAGAACUAGUGUCCUUGUUGUAGUUACUUUGAAACGGCUCGGAAUGACCUCCUCGAAGAAAGCAUAACAAUAUUGCUCAAAUGAGCUCUUUGAAGAGAGUUGAUGAAGGCUACACUUCAUACCUCUGUAGUCCAUUCACUCCUCUGCACCACUAGAGAACAAUGAUCUGUUGCUCUUGUACAUUAAAGCACAACUGUCAAAGUUGUAUGUAAAACUUCUCAAUGCCUCUACCACA